AUGACUGAGCCAAUAGACAUCCAUAAAGAUUUUUUCCGUCUGAAGCAAGAGUUGGAGAAGGCCUGCCAGGAGAGGAACCAGGCAGCCGAAUAUGGCCUGGAGGUGUUGGCGCAAAAAGAUCUCCUGCAACAAAAGUACGUUGACUUGGAAACUCAAUAUGACUUGAUGAAACAUGAGCUGGAAUGUGUCAAACAGAGUCUCAACCAGGUACAACUAAGCAGCAAACGAAUCAGUGAUAUAGGUAUCAACCAAGAGGAAAGUCUCCUGCAGGAAUCAGCCACCAGAGAAGCUGAACUUCUCCGCACGAUCAGUGAUUUAGAAAGUGAAAUUAAAAAUGGCAAAGGCCUGAUUGGUCAACUGAAAUCAGAAAAUGACAAAAUAUCAAAAGGUUCCCUUGAGUUAAAACAUUUUUAUGACCAAAUUGAGGUUCAGAAUCAACAAAUGAAGAAAGAUUUGAAGGAGUUGAAAUUCAGGGAGGCCAGAAAUCUGAGUGAUUAUUCAGAACUUGAAGAAGAGAAUAUCACCUUACAGAAGCAGAUUGCUCAAUUGAAACAAUCCCAAGUGUUCUAUGAAGCCAUGAAACAUGAAAAUAAACGACUGCUAGAGGAAGCCGAAGAAGCAGCUGCAGAGUUAAGUGAACUUGACAAACUGAAACGAAUGACAGAAAAGAAUCUAGAAGAAGCAUUACAACUUCUGCAGAUCGAGCGAGAACAAAAACAUUCUCUGAAGAAAGAACUCGACCAACGUAUUGCCUCCGAAUCAGUAUUCAAUCUACAAAUGUUCUCUGGACUGAAUUUCAGUGCUCGAGACAUUGAGUCUGGUUACAGUGAGAGUCCAGAUCUAAGGCCUCAAGUUGAUGCACCAGAUUUCUCUCCUAAAAAGACAGUUGACGGUGAGGAAGAAGAAGAUAGUAACAAUGCCAUGUCGCAAAGCAUUGUGGGCGAUCUGUUCUCUGAAAUACACAUCACCGAAGUCCGAAAAUUAGAAAAUUUGGUGGAUGAAUUAAAAGAAGAAAAGUCAAAAUUAGAAGCAUUAGUUGAAACAUCUAGUCAAGAAAUUGAAACACUCAGAUCUGAGAUCUGCAACAAAAAUGAAAAGAUUGAAAAGUUGAAAAACCAGCUGUUGGAACUGAAGCAAACAUCGAUCUUUAAUGAGUUAGUGGAUGUGGUUGAUGGACAGGAUGACCUAGAGAUGGAUGUGGAGGUGCUAAGAAGACGACAGCAACAGCAGGACCUCAGGUACCGGCUGGCCCUUGAUGAGAUCAACGACCUCAAAAGCCAACUCAACACUCCUGAUCACAUCGCUCGCAUGAUUGACUCACUCAAAGAGAGAGAAUCUCAGCUGAAAGACGAAAUUAAGCUGCUACAAGAAAAUUUAACAAAGUCUGAUAAUAAAAAUGGCGAUCUUCAAAAUGACCUUCAAGUCAUGACACAAUUGGCUAAUGAUGCUCAGUCUAUUAAUAGCUCAACUUUAGAAGGUCUGACAAACAUCACAAAAAAUAUAGCCGGCAUCUACUACUUGGUGUGCGAGGCCAUCCAUGAAACUCCGAACCGCCUCAUGCUGGAACAUGUCAGAGGAAAGAAAUCCAAAAUGGCCUCCUCCAAAGAUAUUGAAAAUGGUUUCAAGGUCGAACACAGCAAAGACAUUGCAGAUAUUAGACAGGAUGUCUCUGAUGAUAUUAUCAACAAAGAAUCAAAUGUCACUCCCAGCAGAAAUGAGAACGAAAAUCAAGAUGAAUCGGGAGAUGUGAAUGCAAACAAGGAUGACCCCAUGACAUGUGUCAAGUUGGUCGACACCAUCAAUGACCAGAUUGCCUAUCUGAGCAGAGCUGUUGAGAAAUCCGUCGAACUGCACGAGCGCAAGAAGUCCGAAUUAGGGGAAUCGGGAGGUGAAGAGCAGAUGGAUUUGCAGGAACAAGUCAUGAAGUUGAAGGCACAGCUGGCGACAAAACGCGAACAGAUCGCCACACUACGAAGUGUGUUGAAGGCCAACAAGGCGACUGCCGAAACUGCCCUUGCCACUUUGAAACAGAAAUACGAAUCUGAGAAAGUCAUCGUCACAGAAACCAUGCACAGGCUGAGGAGUGAGUUGAAGUUGUUGAAGGAGGAAGCUGUCAACUUCCAAUCAGUGCGAGGGAUGUUUGCCCAGAGAUGCGACGAGUACGUCACUCAACUGGAAGAACAGCGUCGACAGUUGAUAGCUGCCGAGGAGGAGAAGAAAACGUUGAACUCACUUCUCAAGAUGGCAAUUCAACAGAAACUGGCUCUCACACAGAAGCUCGAAGAUCUGGAGUUUGACUGCGAGAGGAAGUCAAUGCGACAGCAGAGAGGUUCCAGAUCCAAAUUAGGAAAAGUUAGUGAAAAUCCAGUCAGUAGUAACGUAAUAUUGCAUGACAAGACAUAA